UAUUGGUGUCACGUGAUCUGUGUUCUGAGGAGUUGUUUGGCGUGUGUUGAGUUUGUGUUUGGAGUUUCGGUUUAGAGAGGUGAACAAUAGUUUUUGUUUGUAGGCAAUUGUUUUAAUACGAUGCGGAGGGCGGCAGCAGUGAGAGCAAGACAACGCAAACUUAGGGAAGAAAAUGCUAAUCAAGAGGCAGAAUCUGUAACUACGACAGAAGAUAGUACUCCCAAAGCGGCAACAAAUACAAAAGGCGGGAGGAACCGAAAGGCAGGCGUUAGUAAACAAAAGGAAACGGAUACAGAAAGCGAGAGCCAGAGCGUCGAACAUAAAGAAGGGCAGUCGGCGGAUGGUGAUUCCUCAGAAGAACAAUAUGAGGUGGAAAAGAUUGUAGACAUGAAAGUGAUCAGGGGAGUGAGAAAGUACAGAAUUCGCUGGAAAGGAUAUGAUUCAGGCAGUGACACAUGGGAGAUUGCAGACAAUUUAAAUUGUCCAAAUGCUGUGAAAGAGUAUUUAGAUCAGAACUCGAGAAGUGAAGAGAUUUCUGUUACCAGUGGAAGGAAACGUGCCAGCAAAGUGGAUGUGGUUUCUGAAGAAGCAGUCACUAACAACACACAGAACACUGAAAAUGAUACUUCUGCAAAGGAUGAAGAAGAAAAUAUGGUUUGCACCCCUAUUCCUCCAGCAAAGAAAAGAAAAUCAUCCAAGGUAGCAAAAGUACCAAAAAAUGAUGAUGAAACUGCAGACGAUGAAAAUGAGGAGGAAGAAAGUGAAGAAAAGGUUGUUGAGGAGCCCACUGUCAAAGAAGAGAGUGUGAAGACUGGCAGAACAAAAGCUAAAGGAAAGAAAGAAGGAACAGUCAGCAGUGAAGAAACUGAAAAUGGUGUUAAUCCUGACGAAACUUCAUAUGAGGUGGAGAAGAUAAUGGAAGUGCACCACAAAAGAAAUGGAAAAAAAGAGUAUUUGAUCCACUGGCGAGGAUACCCACACUCUCAAGAUACUUGGGAACCAGAAGAGAACUUGGAUUGUGAGGAACUAAUACGGGAAUUUGAAGAAAGAGUAAACAAGGCUAAGAACCUCAACGUGCGUGAAUUGAGAACUGAUCCAGCGCACACAAAUAGAUACGCCGAAGAACAGUCUGCCAAAAGGCAGAGUAAGCGGGGGAAAGGCAAGAAGAGGACAACAUAUUAUGAUACUGAAUAAACUGCAGAAAGAAACAAAAAAUGGUGCAUGUGUGAUAUUAGUCACAUGCCAUGGCUGUCAGAAUGGUGUUAAAACCUUUUUAUAUCUUCUUUUAAUGCAGUUUAGUAGUAUUUGAUUUUGUGUGCAGUUUUAUAGAAAUGACCAAUUUUUAAAGUUGUACAAUCAGACUGUGUUCAUUAAUUGUGAAAUUUUAAUAAUAAUCUCUUAGACUAUUAUUAUUAAUGCAUAUUUCAAAGAUUUCAGAAGUACACGGCCAUAAGUUGCAAUAUAGUAGGGCACUAUAUCCUAAGAUAAAUAAGUUACUAUAACUGUGACGAUAGUUUGGUUUGAAAUAUUUACUUCAUGAGACACAUAAAUCAAAUAGUUCUACUAUAUUAUUAUUAAUAUUUAAGUUACUGUGCAUGUAAAACAAGUCAUGUACUUCGUCAUUAUAUUAUAAACAUAAAUUAAAUUUGUAGAAAAGACUA